AAAGAAAAUCCAAGAUCCCGGCGUGGCACUGCCUUGCGGGACUGCACCUGAACGCUUUCCCCGCACAACACCUUGCAGCUUGAACCAAAACCAAAGCGGGAAUAUCCGCUGCCGGCAUCGCCCCCAGCCCCCGGCCCCCUCCUCCGCACCUCUGAUGUCACUCGGCAGGAGCGUGAGUCAGCCCGCAGUUGCCGUGGUGAUGCCGGCGAUGCCGGGGAGCGCGGCGCUGCCCCGCUGCCCCCCGCCCCUCCCGGGCAGCGCAGGGCACCGAGCCCCCCGGCGCUGAGCCCCGGGACGUGCCAUGGGCUCCCAUGCCACGGCGAGCUGCCCAGAGCCCCCGGCGACCCCCGAGGCUGCGAGGAUGUCGGAGGAGGCCGGCGAUGGUGGAUGUUGAUGUUUGUGCGGGUGGAGAUAGUACCAGAAGAAAAAUGGAUGCUCUGGCAGAUAGUGCAGUUGAGAUUGUCCCUUUGGAGCUCUAUGAUUCAGCCAGAGCAAAAAUAGCUGCUAAUCUACAAUGGAUCUGUGCUAAAGCCUACGGAAUAGACAACGUCCCGGAGGAGCUGAAGGACCCGUUCUACAUCGACCAGUACGAGCAGGAGCACAUCAAACCCCCUGUGAUCAAACUGCUGCUCUCCAGCGAGCUCUACUGCCGCGUGUGCAGCCUCAUCCUCAAGGGGGAUCAGGUGGCUGCUCUGCAGGGACACCAGUCCGUGAUCCAGGCGCUGGCUCGGAAGGGGAUUUACGUCAUGGAGAGCGAUGAUACACCUGUGUCUGAAUCUGAUCUGGGCUCUGCACCAAUCAAAAUGAGUUCUCAUAUGGCAAUGAUUGAUGCUCUUAUGAUGGCCUACACUGUAGAAAUGAUCAGCAUUGAGAAGGUGGUUGCCAGUGUCAAGCGUUUCUCUACAUUCAGUGCCUCAAAAGAACUGCCCUAUGAUUUGGAGGAUGCCAUGGUUUUCUGGAUUAACAAGGUGAACCUUAAAAUGAGAGAGAUAACAGAGAAAGAGAUUAAAUUAAAACAACAACUAAUGGAAAGUCCAGGGCAUCAAAAGUCUCCUUCCAAAUGGUAUUGGAAAUUAGUACCUGUGCGUUACAGAAGGGACCACCUGUCCAGCAGGCAGUUACCCUAUUUCCCUGUGCUGGAAGAUCUGAUGAAGGAUGGUAGUGAUGGUGCUGCUCUUCUAGCUGUGAUUCACUAUUAUUGUCCAGAGCAAAUGAAACUGGAUGAUAUCUGUUUGAAGGAGGUGACAUCAAUUGCAGACAGCCUCUAUAACAUUCAGCUCUUGAGAGAGUUCUCAAAUGAGUACCUGAACAAAUGCUUUUACCUCACCUUGGAGGACAUGUUGUAUGCUCCUUUGGUUUUAAAGCCUAAUGUCAUGGUAUUCAUUGCAGAACUCUUCUGGUGGUUUGAGAAUGUCAAACCAGACUUUGUACAACCAAGAGAUAUCCAGGAAAUAAAAGAUGCCAAGGCAGUGAUGCAGCAGAAGAGCAGCCGGCCCCCUGUGCCCAUUUCCAACGCCACCAAGCGCAGCUUCCUGGCCACUCCUGCCAGCCCAAGCCCAGCAGAGCUGCAGCCCCCAGCCCAGGCAGCCCCUGAGGCCUGCAGCAGGUACUACCUGCACCCCGAGGAGCCUGACUACCUUGGCAAAGGAGGAAGCCCUGCCUUCAGCCCUUCCCAUCCACUGCUGCCUUUGAGGCAAAAGCAACAAAAAUCUUUACAGGGAGAAGAGAGCCCUGGCCAUCGGCACCGUUCGAAUUCUCUGACCCGCGUUGAUGGGCAGCCACGAGGGGCAGUUCUGGCAUGGCCAGAGAAGAAACCCAGGCCUCUGUCUCAGCCAACACCAUUUGCUCUUCAUCAUUCUGCCAGUACUGAUGUGGACCCUGGCUCUGGUGACAGCAUUAGCCUGGCCAGGUCCAUCAGCAAGGACAGUCUUGCUUCCAACAUUGUCAAUGUAACCCCCAAAAAUCAGCCCCACCCUCCAUCAGUGAAAGCUAACGGGAAGAGCUUGCUGAACAACGUAGAGAUGGAGGAUGAAGAUGAAGAGCUCAUUGCAAUCAUCAGAUCUGAAGAAAGGCCAAACCGUGGUGACCCUGAGGUGCAGAAUGCAGCAGCCAGGGUGCCCAGCAUAGUGGCCACAGCGUGGUCCCCAAAAACAAACAGCGACCCUUCGGACAGCAAAGCUGAGAGUUUUUACCUGGAGCCUUUAAUGCCUGCAGUCCUGAAACCAGCCAAGGAAAAACAGGUCAUCAAUAAAGAGGAUGAGUGUGGGGAGGGGAAACAGAGGAGUUUUGUGACAAAGAGGUUAAAUGAAGGACACUUGUCUUUGGUCCGCAAGAAAGCCGCGAGCGGUCAUGGUGAGCAUGACCUCAACAGGACUUUUACUCCAAUUUCUAGCUCUGAUUUCACUCCAGUUGCAGAUCCCAGUUCUGCAGAUGCAGUGGCCCUGGGGGAAGCAGGCAUAGAAGCUUCCAGACCUUUGGCUAGUAGCAGUUUAGAUCCUUCCUCUCAGGAGCUAUCCGCUGGAGGAUUCUUUCUUCAUGCUGCUAAACCUGACGAUGAGGUAACGAGUAAAGUCAAUGUGAGUUAUGGGAAGGGUCUCAGCCUGCACGUUCAGGAUACAACCUGGACCAUGGUGACGCAGGACUCCGAGCCAGAUCUCCUGGACAUGGAAGAUGCCGACCAGGAUUUGGUGGCCAUAGACAACCAUCCUAUAGUCACUAAGUACAUCGGUGAGGAGGAAUCUGCCAAGCUGCAGGAGGACAUGAAGGUGAAGGAGCACGAGGACAAGGACGACGCCAGCGGCCGCUCCAGCCCCUGCCUGAGCACCAUUUCCCAGGUGAGCAGCGUGUCCAUGGCCAGCGGCAGUGUCCGCAUGACCAGCUUUGCAGAGAGGAAGCUGCAGAGGCUCAACAGCUACGAGACCAAGUCCAGCACCAGCAGUUCCCAAAAAACCACCCCAGAUGGGUCAGAAAGCUGCCCAGCACCCCUGACCACGUGGAAACAAAAGCGAGAGCAGAGCCCCAACAGGCAGAACAAAGACAAUGUUAAUCUUUUAGCUUCGGAGCUGGUGCAGCUCCACAUGCAGCUGGAAGAGAAGCGCAGGGCCAUAGAGGCUCAGAAGAAGAAGAUGGAAGCCUUAUCAGCAAGGCAGAGAUUAAAAUUGGGCAAGGCAGCUUUCCUGCAUGUUGUGAAAAAAGGGAAGUCUCCUGAUGGUCCACAACCUCUUAAACCAGAACAUUUUGCAAAAGAAUAUUCCCGGCACAAUGGGGAAGAUUUAGAUGAAGUUUCUUUGGGUUCCAAAUCCGAGGAGUUCCUUGUGAAAGAGGAGGAGAGAGAAGAAAUGCUCAACGAUUCUCAAGAAGUAGCAAAAGUAAAAAUGCAGGAAAGCCUGGCUUUUGCUGAGCAACACAAACCAAAAGACCCUGCUGCUAUACACGAUUUGGAAAAAAGUAACAUUAUUUCUGUUGCCCUCCUAGAAGACAACGUGACUGAAGCAGAUAUCAAUGAAUGUGAUCUUUCUAUCGAGAAGCUGAACGAAACAAUCAGCACCCUGCAGCAGGCCAUCUUAAAGAUAUCCCAGCAGCAGGAGCUGCUCAUGAAAUCUCCAACAGUGCCAUCCCCAGGAAGCAGAAGUAACUCUCAGGACCAAAAGGUGAAACCUUCGAUUCAUUUUGUUGAGCCCCUGUCUCCAACUGGAAUGAACAGCCUGCGGAAGCCGCCGCGGCUCGGCCAAGGCAGGACUGCCCGGCCAGGGAGGCCUUCAGAGCUGAAGGUCCCCAAGGACAGGCAGCAGAAUUCAGCACGUGUUAAAACCCCAACACCCAGCCUAGAAAACCUUCCACAUUUGAGACCUUUCCCACCCAACAGCUCGGCAAAGACACCCACGGAAGCGGGGCUGGAAGGCAGCCCUGAUCAUGGAAGUGGUUCCCAGGAGAAGUGUUUCUUUGAUACCUAUAGACUUCAUGACGAGAGCAAUCAAAGGGCACUUGUUCUCUCCACCUCCAAAGACGCAAAUAUUCUGUCUGAAAUGAGCAAAGAGGUGAAUAACAGCUUCAAGGAAACAGGGUUGAAUUCUUCUGAUGGCUCAGGAAAAGAAAAUGUCCCAGUGGAUGAGCCCCUGAGAAGCAAGGCUAAUCUCAUUGAAGUAGAUUUGUCUGACUUGAAAGCUCCAGAUGAAGGAGAACUUGAAAACCAGGAUAGCUCUGCGGAUAUGAUUAGUGAAGGUGAUCAGAAGUCUGGUGUGGGUUUUUUCUUCAAGGAUGAACAGAAGGCAGAGGAUGAGCUGGCCAAGAAACGUGCGGCGUUCCUCCUGAAACAGCAGCGCAAGGCCGAGGAGGCGCGGCUGCGCAAGCAGCAGCUGGAGGCUGAGGUGGAGCAGAAAAGGGAUGAAGCUCGCCGCAAAGCUGAGGAGGAUCGGAUACGGAAGGAGGAGGAGAAGGCUCGGCGGGAGCUCAUCAAGCAGGAAUAUCUGAGGAAAAAACAGCAGCAAAUUUUGGAGGAGCAAGGGCUUGGGAAGCCCAAAUCCAAGCCUAAAAAACCCAGGCCAAAGUCAGUCCAUCGUGAGGAAUCUUACAGUGAUUCAGGCACGAAGUGUUCUUCCACACCUGAUAAUUUGAGCAGUGCUCAGUCUGGUUCCAGUCUGUCUUUGGCCUCAGCAGCAACAACUGAGCCUGAAAGUGUUCACUCUGGUGGCACUCCCUCGCAGAGAGUUGAAUCAAUGGAGUCCUUACCCAUUCUGAGCAGAAAUCCCAGCAGAAACACAGAGAGAGACUGGGAGAAUGCUUCCACAGCAUCUUCUAUUGCUUCAGUGGCAGAAUACACAGGUCCAAAAUUAUUUAAGGAACCCAGCAGCAAAUCCAACAAACCCAUUAUUCACAACGCUAUAUCUCACUGCUGUCUUGCUGGAAAAGUGAAUGAACCACAUAAGAACUCAAUAUUAGAGGAGCUGGAGAAAUGUGAUGCCAACCACUACAUCAUCCUGUUCCGCGACGCCGGCUGCCAGUUCCGAGCACUUUACUGCUACUACCCCGACACGGAGGAGAUCUACAAGCUCACUGGGACAGGGCCAAAGAGCAUCACCAAGAAAAUGAUUGAUAAACUCUAUAAGUACAGCUCGGACAGAAAACAGUUUAACGUGAUCCCAGCCAAAACCAUGUCUGUGAGCGUGGAUGCUCUCACCAUCCACAACCACUUGUGGCAGGCCAAGCGACCCGCGGUGCCAAAGAAGAGCCAGACUCGGAAAUGACACCCAGCUCCUGGGGACAAGGUUGGCUCACUGGGAUUGCAUUGACAGAAGACAUGUUUACCAUUUUCCUCCAGUUUGGUAUGAAAUGUGCAGAACCAUAGACAUUUUUUAAGAAGCUUCGCGACAGAGAACCGUGGAUGCAAGUUCUUGAGGAUGAAGGAACGUUGCCAGUGUUUUUUAUGAAUGAUGAACCUGCUGUUACACCCAAUGCUAAAACUACUGUGGCUUUCAGCUGACGAGGGACUGUGCAUGUAGCAAGAUCUUGAACAAGUGGAUUUCCUUUUACUUGAAGCUUUUCAUCGGUACAAAUUGGGAAUAAUUUAAUUCUCUUUCCUCUCCACCUCAUUCCCUCCUUUUUCCUGGCGUUCUUAAAAGUUGGCAAGCCUUGAACUUGGGUAGAAGGAUUGAACAGAUCUUGGGUGAAGUGCUUUGGGUUUGGUUUGGUUUUUUAAACAGUCUUUAGGGAAAUCUUCCUUUCAGACCUUUUUGAGGAACUGUUGAAUACAUCCAGUUGUUGUACUGUACCUACUGCCAACCUAAGUCCAGCUCUCAGAUUUCUGAAAAAAGCCCCAACUUGUGCUGCUCAGAACAGAGUUUACUUGCAGGAUCUGUGUAGGAUAAGCAUUGCAAGCCAGUCUUUUUCUAAAAAAACAGAUAUAAAAAAUUGUUCACAGAUGUAAAAGAUCUCUGGAAUACAAUCAUGAAGAGGCAUUACAGGUGCUACUAGCUGGAAUGGGCCUGGCUGAAACUUAAGGCAAGCUGAAUGGAGCCCAGUGAUUACUGAUUUCAGUUUCAGGUAGUGUCCUAAAGAUUUGUUUGCUUUAAUACAGGUGGAUGCUGGUAGGUAUAGAACAUUUCCACUCUGAGCACGCUACUCCUGUACGAUGGUGCACUUAAUGAUCACAGAUUUUAAUGUUUUUAUUACAUCAUGAAAUGUAAUUCUACUUUCUUUGUCCUGUCUUUAUUCUGAAUGAGCAGCAUGCUCUACAAUGAAGAGUGUGUUAUGUUUUUUAUUUUGGGUGAUAUAUUAAUAUAUAUUGAUUUGUUUUUCUCAUUUGAAAGCAAUUUUUAAACAGAGACAUUUGCAUUUGUUUCAAAAGCCCAAAUAAGUCGAAUGGCUUGGAUUUCUUUUCAUGUUGAAAUAUUAAAUCUUGAGUUAUGACCUUAAAAGUCUUUGUGUUUUGGCAGAUUAAAUUUUUGUCUGUGGUAACAGGGUACAUUUGCAGUUCCUUUUUUUUGGUUUUGUUUUUUGUUUUUAUUUUUAACCACUCCCAUGUCUCAUUCUUGGCCCCAGCUGGUUCCCAGGUAGAUUUCUGUAGCUAUUCCCUAAUUAAUUUAAUCUGCUAACGAGCUCCUGCUCCGUGGGUCUGACACUUACCACCUGCAGCUCCUGCAGGUUCUGCCGUGGGUUUGCACAUGUUUACUUUUCUUUGAAGUGUUACUUGAAUUUGUGUCCUCGAGAGGAACUGAGCUCUAAAUCCAGUGUAAUUAUUGACCUUGGAGAUGAUGGAAGGUGCAGUUCUUGUACACAGGGGGGCUGAGGGGUGGGAUAAAGGGCUGGUAGCUAGAGCAAAGUGAAGGUCUUCCAGUGCAGUCUCUCCGUGGUUUUUCCCCUUCCAGGACUCCCUGACUAGGCUGCUGCAACUUUGUAAAUUAUGUUAGAUAGUUUGCUGCUUGUAAAUAAUUAAAGGCUUUAUGGUUUCUAAAGUGCUGAGUAUUAAACACCGUCAUGAGUGUAACUUUUGUUACCAUGCUUUUCAUGCUUGUGCUUUAUUUCUCACUGUUUGAUAUUAUAAACCAUAUUUAUUUUAUGAAACACUGAAAUUUAAUAAAAAUCAUUAACUGAUUUCCUUUUUA